UAUGCCGAUGUAUGAUUUGGGAUUUCCCCUUUUUCGCGCUCUCUUCGCGAUCUAUUUCACAAUCUUAUUCUGUUCUUGAAUCUUAAAGUGUUCGGACGUGUUUUUUCCUAGUUGGAAUAUUACUUUGAUCCAAUUCGAACGUGCGCAUAAAAAAAUCAGGAUGUCUAUGGGAAAUGAUGGAUACGUGAAUUGCUGGACGGAUGGCUGCUGCCUCGGCAAUGGGCUUUUCGCAGGAAGGGGAGUCUUCUUCGGUGACAACCAUCAAUGGAAUGUCUGGGAGAAGGCUUCUGGGGCCCCCACAAAUAACAUCGCAGAGAUCCAGGCGGCUCGUCGUGCCAUUGAGAUCGCAAAGAGGAACGGAGUGAGGAAGCUGAGGAUCCAUUGUGACUCCCUUCAGGUCAUUCAGGCUGUUCAGGAGUGGAUUCCCAAUUGGAAGAGGAAUGGUUGGAGGACUACAGAUGGUCGUGAGGUUACUAACAAGAGGGAUUAUAUGGAUCUGGACCAAGCGCUGGAUCGCACCAUUCAUGUGGAAUGGAAACAUGUGGCAGCCCACAGUGGAGAUUAUGGGAAUAACCAGGCGGAUCGCUUGGCUAGGAAAGGAGCCGAAUUGCGCUAAAAUUCUGCUUAAAUGCCCACGUCGACUGCAUGCUUUUUAGCUUCCUUUCAGUGAAUUUAAUUUUCCUUUGGCUAAAUCCGUGGGCUGUUUUUUAAUAAUUUCACUUGCAGUGUAUUGAAUUACAAAAUAAAGUUCUUCAAAAUUUAA